AUGUCAAGUUCAGAACAAUCAAAAAAUGAAAAUGUAUGUUACUUUGGCGACAUUAAACCAAUUAAAGAAUUUGAAUACCCCAAUCAAGCUUCUAAAAUCAUUUGGGGUGUCAAUUCCAAUAAUAUUUUACAAAUAUCUUCACAAAUUAUAGAACUCAUUACAAAUAACAAAAUAUCUAUCCAAAUGGCAGUUUAUCUGAUUGAUAUUUUUUCACAAAUUCGUGUUGAAGAUCUUAAAUUGUUUACGGAACUUUACAAACAGAUAUUAAACAAAUUCUCAUGCUUGAUCAAACCAGAAAAUGAAAAAUUGGCAACACUUUUAUAUUAUAAAGGAUUCAAAUUUGAAAACUACGAACCUAAAAUGAAAGAAGAAGAAAUUCUCAAUAGAUAUUCAACCGAAACUCCUUUAUACUAUAUUUCAUUGGAUAGAGUUGAUGAUCUUAAGAACAAAUUCCCAAAUCUUGACAUUAAUCAGGAAAUUAAUGAUAUCACACCACUUGAUUGUGCAAUUAAAUUUGGAUCAGAACUGUGUUUCAAUUACUUGAAAAACGUAGGAGGUAACUACACUUCUAACUCCGAAGAAUAUGCUAUGCAAGGCGGAAAUAAAGAGAUUUUUAUGCAAAUGAUUGAAGAUGGUAAAUCAUUUGAUAACAUGAUUAAUACAGCAUUGGAUUAUCGAAACUAUGAAAUUGCUGAGUUCCUUAAAUCAAAUUUUGGACAAACUCCUAAUUCAAUAGCCGAAAGUAUGCAUUUUGGAAAUUAUGAUAUUGCAUCUUAUUUACUUAUUAAUGGAGAAGAUAUCAACAAACUUUAUAAUCUUUUUCUUUUCAUAUUAAUCAUUUUUUUAUUGUACUCUCUUUCUUUUCAUAUUUAUCAUUGUUUGAUUACAUUUUCUUUCUUUUAA